AAGGCUCAUGUAUGGUUGACCAAUUCUAUAUCUAUUCAACUUACAGAUGUGAACAUUGUCAUCAGAAAAAUUGCCAGCUAUCUCAUCUUUGAUAAGGAGAUUGUUCAGAAUGGUGAUCAUUUUAAUAUUAAGACUCUCACCACCUUUAGGAACUACAAUAUGGAUUUUGAUGUUGGAAAGGAGUUUGAGGAGGAUUUGGUUGGGGUAGAUGACAGGAAAUGUAUGACCACGGUAAACUGGGAGGGAGACAAACUGGUGUGUGUGCAGAAAGGAGAAAAGGAGGGAAGGGGCUGGACACAGUGGGUCAAAGGGGAUGAGUUACAUGUGGAAAUGCGAGCCUGUGGAGUGGUGUGUAAACAGGUUUUUAAGAAACAAGUUCUCAACAGAUGUCCCAUGAACAAGUAAUCAACUGUGAAUAAAAUUGAAAGUUCCUGCCUAUUAAUAAUAGUCAAUGCUAAUAUAUAGUCCUUUUUAAGAGUAGAUAUUGGCUUUUUUAUUCAUGUCAUGUAAACAAUGUGUGGUGAAACUUUGUCAAAGAAAAUUAAAGGUUCACACGAAAAACAUGUUCACUAUUCUCAUCAGUUUUCUUUAUUUUGUAAGUUGUGAUUUGUCACACUUUCAGCACACAUGAUAUAUGGAUGCAGGAGUGCAGGUUUACAGCCCCUUCCCAUUUCAUCCUCCUCUUCCUGCUUCUGAAAAGAGCUCAAUUUUCUGUGGGGUCAAGACCCAUCUUAUCUCAGAAAGACCCUCAGAUGUAAAGACGGUAUUUUUAGACAGCAGUAAAUCUCUCAGGAGGCAUAGUGACCGCAGCGCGACCAAACCCACACACAAAUGAAUUUAAAAUGUGUCUG